ACGACAAGCUGUGGCUUUCGAUCUGAUAGCAGUAGCAUUGCCUGCCAAUGUCACCCACACUUCACCAUGAAAGCACUCGUGUACCAGUGACCGCGUUGGCAUCGAGCGGCGCGCUGUUGAUCGCUGCUGAAGGACCAUUCCUUCGAUUCUAUCACGCCAAGACUUCACGAUAUAUCACAUCGAAACGCGUCUUCAAAGCUCAAGCUGUUCAUGGUAUAUGUGUGACUGCCGAACGAGUCGGAAAUGUGACAAAUCUUGUGGUUUGGGGCGGACGUCUUGUUCGUGCCCUCCAGAUCAACGCCGUACCAGACGCCUCAAAACCUGAGCCGCUGUCUCUGAGUCUUUCAAAUGUUGUGAGAGCUCCUGACUGGAUUCUCGACCUUGCGCCUCGGAUGAGUAGCCUACAUGACGACAAUGUGUCCAGCCAGGGCAUCUGUGCUGCAGUAACUGCACACAACGCGCUUCUCAAGCUGACUAUGCAUUGUCCAAAUGAAACGGCAAACUCCCCAAGUAACAGCUCCUUAAGCCUUGAGAUCUGCGAACUUACAACAAGCUCGCGAUCUAUUUUGUACUCUGCGCAUCUCCUCUGGGAAUCGCCUGACCGCAUACUUGUCGCUGCUGGUACAGCAUUCGGCGAGAUCAUGUAUUGGUCAUGGACCAAAGUGGCCCCUGCCAAAGCCGAUUCCUCCAUUCAUCAAGUCUUCCUUGGCCACGAAGGCUCAAUCUUCGACGUUCGCAUCUCAAAAGAGCUCCGACCCGGUUGCUGCGGUAACCUGACGCGAGUCAUUGCUUCUUGCAGUGACGACCGCACCAUUCGUCUCUGGGACGUCUCAGAUGUGAACGUCAAUAUCGCCGAAACGGAUGCUGUGAGCGAGACUACAGAGGUCCAACGGACACGCCACACAGGAUUUAGCGUCGCAGCCACUGGCACGCAGUCUGACAAUUCGCAUUGCCUUGCGAUUGGAUGGGGGCACACCUCAAGAGUCUGGAAAGUGAGAUUUCUGGACUCUCCAUCCGGGGACGGAUCGUUGGGUCUUCUAUCAGCCGGCGAAGACGCUACUUCACGCACAUGGAAGCUUGCAGCCAGUACGGGAAAAGCGGAUGCCUUACCGUGUACACUAGAGCAGACUGACUGUGCCGCUUACCAUAACGGUAGAAAUAUGUGGUCAAUAACCACAUAUCGUGAAGCUGCUGGUUCAGUACGCGUUGCAUGCGGAACUGCUGACAGCAAACUUACUACUCACCCGUUAAUCGGUGCAGAUCGACACACGCAAGGCCAGCACAUCACAUCCUCCGAGUAUAGUGUACAAGAAUUGCUACACAUGGCACAGCCUUCAGGUAUCGUCGAGGAAACUCACCAGCUUAAGAAAGUGUCAAAGAAGGAAGAUUCGAUCAGGAGUUAUUGCUUUGUCCUCAACAGCACCUUUCUCCUCAUCACCAACUCCGGUAAGAUUUUAGUCAAGUCGUUUGGCACAGAAAAAAGCCCUACUCUACCGAGUAACUUGGCAACGUCGGUAAUGGUAGAUCAGCUGGAAGAACUAUCUGGCUACUCAACCUGCAUCGGCGCGCCUACCCACGGGGUGGCUUUUCUCGCAGGCACCCGAGGCAGCAUAUAUAUGUACUCUGCGGUCGACAAGACUCUGCAAAUCAUUCACACAAUCGCCGGUAAGGUCGGCGCUCUGUUCGUAACAGGUGAAACCUCGAUCGAUGGCCGAAAUCAACUCGUGCUCCUGAUUACACUAAUGGGACAGAGACAAGCCCAGCUGCUCUAUAUCGACCUUGCAACAAGCUCAUCGCCUCUGAAAUUGAGAGUUCUAUCCACACCCAUCUCGGAUAUCUCGACUGGCCCAACAAUUACAAGCAUGCUCGUAGUCAGAACGAGUUCGGAGCAGGACUUCUUGUUCCUGGGAUUCCGCCGUGGAUCAAUAAGUUUAAAUACCUUGUCGCAUGAUACCACGAGUCCGGAAGCUACCCUCCUCAGGAUCCUGGAAAAAGUUCAUGGCGAUGACACUGUUACUGCAAUGAUGUUCCAAGUAUCACCUGAGAGGUCAUCGGCCGGCUAUCUAUACUCGGUGGGGCGAGACGGUUGUCUUGCCGUGCACUGGAUCGAUCUCACUGGGAAUAUCACCGAACUUGUCCACAAGCUGGUCCUGCCCAUUGGACCGAAUAUUGAAGACCUUUACUUUCAUCAAAACCAUCUAUUAGUGCACGGGUUCUCAAGCAAAAAGUGGAUCCUAUACGAUGUGUCUACCGAGGAAGAGAUAAUGGGUAUUGAGACUGGCGGUGCGCACCGCAGCUGGGCAUUUCAACCAAACUCGGAUCCAUCCUGUCUGCAAGGUGGAGUGCUGGUAUGGACAAGAACAUCGAGUCUGCAUAUUUGUAGUCAGCAAAGACCGAAUCAUGACGUGCUGCGCUCUGGCGGCCAUGGGCGUGAGCUCAAGGCUGUAGCAGUGUCCUUGCCAAUACGAUGUUUGCAAGGCCCUGAGAAACGUUUAGUCGCCACUGGCGCAGAAGACACAGAUAUCAGAAUAUUCCAGUAUAUCGGAGGGGAGUUGGUAUGCCGGAUAACGUUGCGCAAGCACACCACAGGUAUUCAGCAUCUGCAGUGGUCUGAUGACGGUGAAUAUCUUUUCAGCAGUGCUGGAUCUGAAGAAUUCUACAUUUGGCGAGUGCGAGCUCUGGAGACUGUUGUUGAUAUAGGAGUUGUCUGCGAAUACGUCUAUACGCCAGAGAGCGAGUUCUCGGACCUACGUAUCAUGUCUUUCGACGUAGCUCGGAGUGGCAAUGCUUUCACGAUUGCGAUGGUAUUCUCGGACUCAAGCAUCAAGACAUAUAUCUACAACCCAACGCUUGCUACAAAGUGGCAGUCUUUGUCCAAGGGCAUCUACUUCACCUCUUGCCUCACGCAGUGUAUCUUCAUCUCGCCCACCACCCUGCUGACAGCUGGCACAGAUGGCCACGCAGUCUUUUGGCCGCUGCCUGUCAAUGCAUCGGGCCAAGCUUUGACGUGGCAGGGUCCCGCACGAAUCCACCAAAAUGCAUCCAAAGCAAUGGCAUCGCACACGAACAGCGUCGGUACGAUGCUGAUUGUAUCUGGUGGCGACGACGGUGCCCUGGCCUUUCUGCUCGUCCACCCUACGAAGCUGGACCACUCCCGAGCAGCACAAGCAUGCUACACAAUCCCCCCAGUGCUUGUCAAGUCCGCACAUAGCUCUGCCGUGACUGCGGUUGCGAUUGUCAACAUCGGGUUGCAGGUGUAUGUUCUCACAUCAGGCAACGACGAAUGGAUCCGCCUUUGGGAAAUAGUCAUUGGUGACGCUGAGGAUGGUGAUGCAAGCAAGGGCAGCCCUGACGGAUUGAUCGUGAAGAGGAUCUCAAAGGUCAAGACUAGUGUUGCCGAUGUCUCCAGUAUGGCGGUUGUGGACGAUCAUGGCGAUGCAUCGAGAGUGCUGAUCUGUGGUGUCGGCAUGGAGAUCAUUCGUCUGGAGCGAUAGAACGAAGAUGAGUGCAGAGACAGAUUUUAGUAUUCACCAUGCUCGAAGCAAUGAUUCUCUGCGGCAUGAUCCACGCGUGUAGCAUUGAAGGCUUCUUAAUACCAACACCGGAAACAGC